CACACAACAGCCCCGGGUAAAUAGGAAAGGACAGAUCCUCUCUGCUAUUUUUAAGAAGAGCGAAGGCUAAAUUAAAAGUGGUAUUUUAGUGCCUUUUCCCAUAUUUUUUUCGCUACACUUUACCCUCCGCCCUUCCUACUCCUCGGUAGAGCUCUUGGUUGGGUUUGGAGGUUCAGGGAGAAAGUUUAGGCUUGUUAAUGUUACUGUCAAUUGUUUCUGGGGGGGCGGGAUUGAGGGUGGGAGAAAGGUUGCUUUCCCCCCCCUUCUUUCCUCCCUGUGGUUCUUCUGGGUUAUUGGAGAAUAAUACUCCAAGUGACAGCCAGAAGUAGACUUUCUGCCUUUUUCACGCCGGAGAGCCUAUGAGAUAGAGAGCUAGGGAGAAGCUUUUUUUCCCUCAUUAGAUCUCGUCCGCAGUGAUUUUUUCGCUUUUAAAGAAAAGAUAAUCAGCGACCACCAUCACCCCACAUACCCUAUACCCCCCAAAUCAUCUCAUUGUGGACCUUAUAGUGCUUUUUGCUUUGUUUUUGCGAUCUUUUUUCCAACGUUUCACUUGUCAGAUCAAUUUUAUCUUCUCUCUACUCACUUCCCAGUCUCCCUCCUCCCCCAUCGAAAACCCUGUUCUCCUAGAGACAUUUGAAAAAACAACAUUUUUUGAAUUCUGAUUUUUGCGCUCAUGGCUUCUCCUCAUCUUGACGUUUAUUUCUGCCCUUCCCCCGCUUAGGGGGGAGGGGGGUGGGGGAGACAAAAUAAUACAAUUUAAGGGGGAAGUCGCCUUCAGGUCUGCUGCUUUUUUUUUUUUUUAAUAAAAAAAAAAAAGGAUAUAGAAAAACAUCAGUCUUGAACUUCUUCCUCUUCAAGAUCUCGGGCUGCAAAGGAAAUCUCCUUUGUUUUUGUUAUUUAUGUGCUGUCAAGUUUUGAAGUGGUGAGUUUCAGGUGAUUUUUAGAGGCGGGACUGAGUAUGGAUCAUUUGAACGAGACAACUCAGGGGAAAGAACAUUCGGAAAUGUCUAACAAUGUAAGCGAUCCGAAGGGUCCACCAGCCAAAAUUGCCCGCUUGGAGCAGAAUGGGAGCCCAUUAGGAAGAGGACGACUUGGAAGUACAGGAGCUAAAAUGCAAGGAGUGCCUUUAAAACACUCUGGACAUCUGAUGAAAACUAACAUUAGAAAAGGAACAAUGCUACCUGUUUUCUGUGUGGUGGAGCAUUAUGAGAACUCCAUUGAAUAUGAUUGUAAGGAGGAACAUGCAGAGUUUGUGUUGGUAAGAAAGGAUAUGCUUUUCAACCAACUGAUAGAAAUGGCAUUGCUCUCUCUUGGAUAUUCUCACAGCUCUGCUGCCCAAGCCAAAGGGCUAAUCCAAGUUGGAAAAUGGAAUCCAGUUCCACUGUCCUAUGUGACAGAUGCCCCUGAUGCUACUGUUGCAGACAUGCUGCAAGACGUGUAUCAUGUGGUCACACUGAAAAUCCAAUUACACAGUUGCCCUAAACUAGAAGACUUGCCUCCUGAACAAUGGUCUCACACAACCGUAAGAAAUGCUCUGAAGGACUUACUGAAGGAUAUGAACCAGAGUUCAUUGGCCAAGGAGUGUCCCCUUUCCCAGAGUAUGAUUUCAUCCAUUGUGAACAGCACUUACUAUGCAAAUGUAUCAGCAGCAAAAUGUCAAGAAUUUGGAAGGUGGUAUAAACAUUUCAAGAAGACAAAAGAUAUGCUGGUUGAGAUGGAUAGCCUUUCUGAACUAUCCCAGCAAGGUGCCAACCACGUCAACUUUGGCCAGCAGCCAGUCCCAGGGAACACCGCUGAGCAGCCCCCAUCCCCUGUGCAGCUUUCUCACGGCAGCCAGCCAUCAGUCCGGACCCCUCUUCCAAACCUGCACCCUGGACUUGUAUCAACUCCGAUUAGUCCGCAGUUGGUAAAUCAACAGCUGGUGAUGGCUCAGUUGCUGAACCAGCAGUAUGCAGUGAACAGACUCUUAGCCCAGCAGUCCUUAAACCAACAGUACUUGAACCACCCUCCCCCUGUCAGUAGAUCUAUGAACAAGCCGUUGGAGCAACAGGUCUCAACCAACACAGAGGUGUCUUCCGAAAUCUACCAGUGGGUGCGAGAUGAACUGAAAAGAGCAGGAAUCUCCCAAGCAGUAUUUGCACGUGUGGCUUUUAACAGAACUCAGGGCUUGCUCUCCGAAAUCCUCCGAAAGGAAGAAGAUCCCAAGACCGCCUCGCAGUCCCUGCUGGUUAACCUCCGGGCCAUGCAGAACUUCUUGCAGUUGCCGGAAGCUGAAAGGGAUCGAAUUUACCAGGACGAAAGGGAAAGGAGUCUGAAUGCAGCCUCGGCUAUGGGUCCAGCUCCUCUGAUUAGCACUCCCCCCAGCCGGCCUCCCCAGGUAAAAACGGCGACAAUUGCUACGGAGCGGAAUGGGAAGCCAGAGAACAAUGCCAUGAACAUUAAUGCUUCCAUUUACGAUGAGAUUCAGCAGGAAAUGAAGCGAGCAAAGGUGUCCCAAGCACUCUUUGCAAAGGUUGCGGCAACCAAAAGCCAGGGGUGGCUGUGUGAACUGUUACGCUGGAAAGAAGAUCCAUCUCCAGAAAACAGGACCCUGUGGGAGAAUCUCUCCAUGAUUAGAAGGUUCCUCAGUCUUCCUCAGCCUGAACGAGAUGCCAUUUAUGAACAAGAAAGCAACGCUGUUCAUCACCAUGGUGACAGACCUUCCCACAUUAUCCAUGUUCCAGCAGAACAGAUUCAGAGCCCCUCUCCCACCACCCUUGUGAAAGGAGAGCCUAGAGGUACUUUCUCACCAAGCCUGCUGACCCCUGGACCAUGGCUGGGUGCUGCUCCACAGCAGCAGCAACAGCAGCAGCAGCAGCAGCAGCAGCAACAGCAGCAACAGCAGCAGCCUCAACCUCAGCAACAACAGCCUGGGCCCCGACUCCCCCCUAGGCAGCCUACUGUGGCUUCACCAGCUGAAUCAGAGGAUGAGAAUCGGCAGAAGACACGACCGCGAACAAAAAUUUCUGUUGAAGCUCUGGGAAUUCUCCAGAGCUUUAUCCAAGAUGUAGGCCUGUAUCCAGAUGAAGAAGCUAUCCAGACUCUCUCUGCCCAGCUUGACCUUCCCAAGUAUACUAUUAUUAAGUUCUUUCAGAACCAGCGAUAUUAUCUCAAGCAUCAUGGGAAACUGAAGGACAAUUCGGGUCUAGAGGUGGAUGUUGCAGAAUAUAAAGAAGAAGAGUUGCUGAAAGAUUUGGAAGAAAGUGUCCAAGAUAAAAAUGCAAACUCCCUUUUUUCAGUGAAAUUAGAAGAAGAAUUAUCAGUGGAAGGGAACACGGACAUUAAUGCUGAUCUGAAAGACUAAGAUAAAAGUAUUAUUUUCAUUCAACAGUGCCACUGGUAUUAACUAAUUAAACGAAAUUCCAUCUUGCAUUCUCUCAGAAACCUUUGUUGUUCAUUGUUUGGCCAAUGAGUCUUCAGAAACUUGCACACAUACACACACACACACACACACACACAUACACACACACACACAGACACAUGAAAUGAAAAAAAAAAAAAAAAGGAAAGUGCAGACCGCUAAAUGUUUUACUCUGUUUUACAAACUGCUCUACAGCUACAGAUGAAGCAUUGAGGAUUGUUUGAUAUUAAUUUGUGUUCACUGGCUACACCCUGUUGUAUCCAAUAAGCAUGAUACCAGUGAUUUUUGAUUCUGGAGCUUUCAAAGAAGCAUUACAACUUUGGUGAUUAUUGUUUCAUUUUUAUUAUUAUUAUUAUUAAUUAUUAUUAUUAUUAUUAUUACUGUAACACUCCACACUUGAUCUUUGGAAACUCACACUUAUUUUAAAGAAAAAGAGAGUUUGAUGCUCUUGCUCUAUUGUAUGUUACAAAAGAACUAUAUACUGUGGAAUGCAGUUUUAAAAUAACACACGCCAACAAAUGCCUUGUAUUAUAUGGCACUGCCGUAAUUCAGAUUUGUUUUCUUUUUUGGAAAUAAAAGGUCACUGUAAUAUUUUUUUCAUUUUCAUUGUUACAUGAUUUUUAAAAUGGAAAGAAAAUGUGAAACACAAUUUAGUCCUCAUUAUUUAUUUGUAGAUCCUGCAGCAUCAUGUUGUAAUUAAUUUUUUUUGGAAGUUUCCGUUAAAUGUAAUAUUGCUUCUCUUGUUCUCAUACUGAUUCUUUUCUAUUUAUAAAUGUAUUUUGAUGGGCAGUAAAACAAAGUGUCUUAAAAGUUUUAAAUAGAGAAAAUGUGCUUUACACAGUUGCCUAUAAAAAGUGCUCGAUGUUAUCCAAGCAAUUCAUACUAUAAGCUUCACUCUUAUUGUUGUAUGCAAUUUUUACUAUCAUGCAAAUAAGCUUAGGUAAAUAAAACUAAUAGAUCACCUUAGAAACUUAUGCAAUUAAUGUGAAAAUAAUUGAUGUUUGCAAUGUGUCUUCCUUUGGUUUACAAUCAAUUUUAAAGCUACAUCUGUAUAAAUUUUCUGUACAAAGGUGUAUUUCUUUUUUAUGAGUUUAUUGCUAUGAAAACACCAGUUAUUUUGUUACAGCUAGCUGUUUUUAUAAGUGUAUCACAAUUUUCUUUAUGCAGAACUGUUGACUAGGAGUGGUUAUUGACUGUAACUACACAAUUAAAAUUGUUUGUAUGGUAUGCUA